AUGGCAAAAGAGGAAGAAGAUCUGGGAUUCUGGGGUGACGCGAGACAGACGAGAGUCGUCAAGGAUCUCUUCUCAAUCCCGCCUCCCGUAAAGAAGCUCUUCGAUCGAGUUCCCGUCGUCACCUAUCCUCCAAACCCUCUCCCACAACGAGGCCCGAAGACGUCCAGGGUCCCGAGUCUCUAUGUGUUCAGUAAUGAUGUGGAUGCCGCGGCGGGAAGGCCGUCUUUCAAUCCGAGUUGCUUGAAAUGGCAGACCUUCUUGAAUAUCGCCGGCAUCGAUCACAGACUGAUCUCCUCGAAUAACCAUGCCUCGCCGACGGGAUCUCUGCCCUUCCUCCUCCCUGCCGCCCAGUCAUCCAACGUCUCUCAAGAGUUCCUCCCGCCUAUUCCCUCGAACAAGCUGGUCAAAUACGCAUCAGAACAUGGGGGCAGGGUGAAGGAGCCCUCGAACGUACGCUACGAGGCAUAUCAGUCUCUUCUUGACCACCGAAUACGCAAUGCAUGGCUAUACACACUCUACCUCGAGCCUCUAAACUUCUCCGCCGUCGCAUACGAACUCUACGUCUCGCCCACCUCCUCCAGCGCGCUCGUGCGCGCCUCGAUCUCGCACACGCUGCGCGCCGCGGCCGAAGCCGAGCUCCUGAAGCAGAGCGCCGUCAUCGACGCGGAUGAUCUCUACAGCGAGGCGGACAAGGCCUUCGAGGCGCUCUCCACGCUCCUCGGCGACGAUCUGUGGUUCUUCGGCGGCGACAAGCCGGCGCUGUUCGACGCGAGCGUGUUUGCUUACACGCAGCUGUUGCUGGAUGAUGGGCUGGGCUGGAAGGAGAAGAAGCUGUGUAUGGCGUUGCGGAGGCGGGAGAAUCUGGUGCUGCAUCGUGAGAGGUUACUCGUGCGAUAUUUUGGCGGCUCGUGA